ACCAGUAUACACGCGGGUUGUAUUUAUGCGUCCUAACUAAUAUUGCUGAGGCAGAGUACGCAAAAGGCAAACGUUUAGCGGAGCGCCCUGUGGUCUAGAUUGAUAAUGGAGCCAGUUUUCAGAUUGCCCUUCAUUGUACUUGGUACUCUUUGCUUAACUAUAGCACCAGUUCUCACAGGAAAAGGCAAGCACCAUUUGAAGCAUGACACUGCUGAUGCCAAAGCGGUGUUUGACAACUUUGCCAGUGCCGUAGCCAUCUUCGAUGUAGACAAAGACGGUGACCUCGACUGUUUGUCAACUGUGCGCCUAGACUACGACAAGAAUGCAUCAACCGCUAUAUACUUCUGGACACUCAAAAACUUGAAUGGACACGCGCAAAACAUUUCUUUCCAAGUUGCUCCUGGACCAGCACUGAACCAGUUCUUAGUUAAAGAUAAAAACUCUUACGAACCAGUUCAAAUCGGCACCUACGACUACACGGACUACAAGAACUGUGUCGUCAUGGAGAUGCCUUAUCAUGGUGGCGACGAGUGCGUCCUAUGGGUGUCCGAGAAAGCUAUCGACGACAUUCCGCAACACUGCUUGGAUAACUACGACGACAACUGCGAGGACGCGAAACUGGCUUACGACAAGGAUUCCUGCUCUACGAUGGAGAGCUAAAUAAAUAAAUCUGACAUUCCGUAAC